AUGGAGUAUAAAUUCCAACCGAAUAAUGUUGGUCAUCCUGGAGACUUAUAUCAACCCAUUCAGUCAAUCCAGGAAACAGUUAUUGAUGCUGAUCAAAAUGUUCCGGUUAGCGAUCUCAGCGCACUGCAAAUGAGUAGUAAUACUCAGAGUCAGGAUGCCACUAAUCCUGCACAAAACGAUGAUUCCGUGUUCUCACCGAUUAAACCCUCCACCUUUUACUCGAAUUCAACACAAAGCGGUCAAUUAUACUACCAAGGAACGCCGAAAGUGCCAGACAGUUACGGCACAGGCGGUCAGUUUUACCCAAGUCUUUUUUUCCAAACCUGGCCUUAUUCAAGCACAACAGCUAAUUCAUCGGUUACUGCCACAAUUGCUGGAGCAUCACCUUGCUCCUCCAAUACUGCUGAACUAAGCUUCACGCAACCAACUACUGUUAUUACAGAUCCUACUCAAAUGCUUGUUGCGCCUAAUCAGACAACAACUCAAAAUUUCUUUCCCCAAACAUAUCAAGCUUAUUCAACGACGGAUUACUAUAAUCCACUGCACAGUGCAAAUUUGCUAGCAGCACAAACUCGUUUAACAGCUCCCACAUUGGCAUGCUCAUCGUCCGGUUCUGCUUCAUCCAGAUCAUCUACUGGUGCUUCCGGAGCUUCUCGUUCCAAAACCAGAAACUUUACAUCAGAAGGACGGGAAUGUGUCAACUGCGGCGCCGUACAGACCCCUCUAUGGCGAAGAGAUGGUACUGGUCAUUACUUAUGCAAUGCUUGUGGACUGUAUCAUAAAAUGAAUGGACAAAAUCGUCCAUUGGUCAAACCCAAGAAGAGACAGAGUGCACAAAAAAGGACGGGUAUCGAAUGUGUCAAUUGUAAAACGAAUAAUACAACAUUAUGGAGGCGGAACUCUUUAGGACAACCAGUUUGCAACGCCUGCGGUCUUUAUCAUAAACUUCACAACAUUUCACGACCAAUUUCGAUGAAAAAGGAUGGUAUUCAGACUAGAAAUCGUAAAAUCAGCACGAAAAACAAGAAUAAGAAGCGUGGUCCAUCAGAAGGACCAUUCUACGAUAUGUUGAAGCCACAGCCGAACCCAUACGGUGAUAUGAAGUUUCAUUUACCUUCCGCUCACGCAUAUAUCCCAGCUGCCACUCAAACACCAUAUCCGGCUCAAUUCAUCUUUCAUGCCUCAUAA